AUGCCUGUUGAAGACACACCACCGUCAGACAGCAGCAGCUCACCGCCUCCAGUAACCCCUGAAUGGCAAAGGGACAAGUGGGACAUCUCGCGGAUCAACAAACAUUGGGAAAUCGAUCCAGAGUUGCGUCGCAGUUUGCCGUCGCUCGCGCGUGCCAAACGUAGUGAGCAUGAGUCGGCCGGCAAUAAGUUCUUGAGACUCAGCAAGCUGCCACUGCCUGUUGCGCCCCCCUCUGACCCUGCGUUGCUGGAUCUCGCUCGAGGCGGUCGCAGUGUCUCGCAGCGAGCAAUCACAGUCACUGCAGAGACUAAAGCCAAAUACUUCGGCAAGGCUGCAAAAUCUGAGUGUUACGCAAUCUUUCGUCAACUCGCAGCACAAAAGUAUCUACCGCUUGAACCACUGAGCGAAUUCCUUGCAGACAAGGCCAAAAACCGGCAACAGCGAGAUGAAGCCAUUCAUUCUGACGCGCCUGUUGUGCCAUUUCUCGCUACCGUUCAUGGUCUCAGCAAAAACGGGAGCUCCAGUCGACAUCAUCUCGGUACUUCUUCGCGUUCUAGUCAGCGAACUGGUAGUGUAUUAAGUGGCGAUCCAUUCACUGCACGACACAAAUUUUCAUCUCUAUGUCUCGAACGUGACCUUCCUCCAUGUAUUCGUCUCAUUGUACGUCAGUAUUUCUCGCCGGAAAUCAACGUCUCGCACAUGGCCAUUGGUGACGACCUCGCGUGUGUAUUUGCUGCCUGUUUACUCGACCUGCCAAUGGUUACUGGUCUAAAUGCACGCAACAACCGUCUACGUGACCGAGGCCUUCAAGCUCUCGUCGACGUCGUUGUAACUAAAGCUGAUCUGUACCAUCUGGAUUUGUCGGAAAAUAAGGUUGACCGUCAUGCUGCACAUGCACUUGCCUCCUAUUUAAGCUCAGCGUCCUGCAGUCUACAGACGUUGCGACUUGCCAGUGCCGAUGUGGAUGACGAAGAGCUCGUUCCUUUCGCACGUGCGUUGCAUUCCAACAAAUCGCUUCAAACAUUGGAUGUGGCACGGAAUUCCGUGGGUAGUAGUGAGCAUCUAAACGUUGUUCGACCCUCCGUCACUACCGGAGGUGAGGCACUUGCGACCAUGAUCAGCAUCAACAGUACUUUGAUGUCGCUGGAUCUGUCGUGGAACUAUUUGCGCCUUGCCGGCGCCGUGGAGAUCGGACGUGCUUUAGCCUACAACUCUGGACUUCGAGAGUUGAAUCUAGCGUACAACGCGUUUGGCAAUGCCGGUGCACAAGCUGUAGGCGACGCGUUGCUAUCAAACACUACGCUACAACGUCUAAACAUGAGCCACAACAACAUCCCAGCACAAGGAGCGAUCGCGAUCGCUAGUGCGUUAAAGAUUAACAACGCUCUGCCACUCACGGAGCUCUCUUUAGGUGGUAACCCGCUUGGUAACAUGGGUGGACGAGCGUUGCUACAUGCUGCUGCUGCAUGUGCAGACAGUAAAAAACUAUCCGUUAUAUUGGAAGGAUGCAACUUUGACGCUGCCAGUGACGGGGAUGUUUCUUUCGACCCCGCAGAUCCGACAGGUAGCUACGACUUGAACUUGGAGAUUCCAUACGAACGUGCCGUUGCAUUGGAAUUACUGCGAGUAGCCAACACCAAGCAAGGAUGCAAAUUUUUAUCUAUCGCGCACACCUCGGGGUUGACUAAACAACGCCGUAACAUUCGUGUCGAGUUACGGGAAACUCAAGAUGGUGUCGAAGCAAGACGUAAGUUACUCAAAACUGCUGGUAUUCUGACAGAAAUGGAAGCUCUAAGUACGCCAGAAAUGGUUUCGAAAAGUCUGGAUCGGGAGUCGUUGACUGAGUUAUUCCAUGAACUUGACAAAGAUGACUCGGGGUUUAUUGAUGAACACGAACUUCGUGCAGGUAUGCGCAAGCUGGGGUUACAAUUCCACGAUGAAGAUGUACCACGGUAUGUAGCACUCUACGAUCUGGACGGUACGGGUACGAUUGAGUUGGAAGAGUUUGUGGAAUUGAUGGAAAGCUUCAACUUGAAUGAACUGGACGGAGGAUUCCAUCGUGAAUGUGUCAAUGUAGAGACCAAUUUGCCCUUCGAGAUUCCGACCGAGGGACGACUGCAAAUUGAUUUUGUCGAUCUUCACGUAUCUUCCGGUAAUGACAGUGCACAGUCGGAUGCAAGUGUGGAACGACUGAUUGAGAACAUCUCGUCGAGUAAGAACAAGACGCAAAUGUUGUUCAUGGCGAAGACUGGCCUCGUCUUUAAAGCACACGAGGCACAGCUUCUUCUUGAGGCCGUUCGAGAUGUUUGUGAUUCUUCUCAAGCUGUUGUAGCGCUUUUACCGCAUAUGGUGGACCCCCGUAACGCGUACACACUGAUCGAACAUAAUCUAAGCUCUGCUGACCGCCUGCGAGUACAACAUCUCAUGGGUCAGGCGCUUCAACCGAUUCUAGGUCUCGCAUCGGGUCAUUACCGUAUCGAUCUGAGUAACGACCUGGAUCGGGUAACUCUUCGAAAGCUCAUUGAAAAUAGUAACCGUACAGCGUUCCUACGCAAGAGAAGUGGUCUGAAGGACACAAGUCAGCACAUAAAUUACCACGGCUUUCGCAACGAAAUACUCCACGGAAAACCUUUCAUCUUGGAACCCCGAUUUCUAGAUUCAGCUCCACGCUUUGGCUACUUAGAGUUAGACUACGUGCAACUAGGACGCACUCCGUGUCACGCACUCUCACAUAAACGAUUCGAACAAAUGCUGCAACUGUGUCAGCUAGAUCGAAUGGGAGCAGGAAUGGGGGAAUACGAAAAGAUGAGCACGAUCAAAAACUACAUUGAGUUCGGUGCAGGUUUGAACCGAUCUAUUGAGCUGACUCCACAUCCUACUACCCCAGCGAUCCCAGUAGCACCAAAUGUUUGCACCGCGCGUCGACUAAUAUUCAAUGUUCAGUGGUGUUUGUCGACGCGAUGGAUCACUGUAACCCAGGCUGUAAAGCUAUUAGGUGCCUGGCCUGUGGCCUUCGCAACCUCCCGCUGUGACCUCGUGUGUACCGUCUUCGAUCGUAUCACAGAUCUCCACAAUUUCAGUGGUGUAUUGUCUGCUCUCACGGAUGAUGAGGCAGCGCAAGCGUUGUAUCGACUAGGAAUGCUAAACGUGUUGACGCCCCUGUGGCCUGACAACUACUACGAGCUCGCUCUUGGGCGAUACGAAGAGCGCGAAGUUGCCAAGAUGCUCGUGCGACUUGCCAUCGAUGAGCCGGGCGAGAACUGGCAAAAUGAAACGUUUGGCUGGAGUCGAGACGAAAAGAUUCCAGGCUGGGAGCUCAACUUUUCGUGGCUGAAGGAUGGAGGCUUUCCUGAUAAAGGGUUCCUCAGUCUUGAGUAUUAUUCCGGUGCUGACAAGGGAUGCGGACCUGUGUGGCCUACGCGCCGAGAACUGGCCGCGCACACUCUCUGUGGGUUGCCGGAUAACUUGGACGUGUUCGAGAUGCAGAUAGACUCACUUAGUAUGAGGAAUGUGGUGCAACGACAACAGUAA